CCAUUCAACAGCCCCACAAUCUCAGGUAGUGUGGUUCGCAAAUUCCAAAUUUCAACUUCCAUUUCAUCUCUCGGUUGUUUGUUUCUCUCUCUUCUGUUGUGAAUUACAGCCAUUGCACAACGCCGGAGCCGACCUUUCUCCUCGAAUCACAAGGAAAUCUGAGAGCUUUUUCGGUUCUUCUCAAUAUUGUGUAUUGUGGGUUGGUUGGCACCUAUGAAGCAUGGAUAUACGGGCGGAUGAUGAACUUGUUGAUCAAAAGAAGUAUCUUGAGGAGUCUUGCCAGCCUAAAUGUGUGAAGCCUCUGAUUGAAUAUCAGGCAUGUGUUAAGAGGGUUGAAGGUGAUGACACUGGAAACAAGCAUUGCACAGGGCAGUACUUUGACUACAUAUCUUGUGUUGACAAAUGUGUUGCGCCAAAGUUAUUUCAAAAGCUCAAGUAACGGAGUCAGAGUUCUACGGUCUCCCCAUCCUUUAAUUGUUACUCUUUUACAUUGGAUAUGAAUUUUUAGACCGCGCCAUGAUGUUUGCCAGUUUUUGUUUCCAGCAACAUUAUUCAAAUCUUGUCGAGAGGUCUUGAAAUAGAAUAAAAAGAAGACUUUGUGAGUUGGUUAA